GCGGGGCGGGCAGGCGGCGGGAGCAGCAGCCGGGCCCGGCCCGGCCCAGCUCGGCCCAGCAUGGCCAAGCACCAUCGCACCCCGGCGCGGAGCCCGGAGCCCGUCAUCGAGGUGAAGAGCAAGGCACCAAGCCCUGGCCAUCUCGGCAGGUGAGAGCCCCUGACUGAUCCCCCUAUGGUCUGGACAUGAAGCGAAUCGUGGGGCAGAGCUGAGGCUGAGACCCCUGGCUACCAUGCUGGUCUCUGGCCCUGACCCCUCUUCUCUGCCCCCAGUUUGACGCCGAGUUCCGCCGCUUUGCUAUGAAACGCUCCAGUGUGGGUGGCUUCCAGGAGUUCUACCAGCUGAUCCAGACGGUCCACCAGAUCCCCUGCGUGGAUGUGUUGUUGGGGUACACGGACGUUCACGGGGACUUGCUGCCCAUCAACAAUGACGAUAACUACCACAAGGCGCUCUCCUCUGCCAACCCGCUGCUCAGGAUCAUCAUCCAGAAGAGGGAAGCCGACUCCAGCGUCUUUGCCUCCAACUCCCUGCAGCGGAAGAAGAAGGGGCUGCUGCGGCCGGCGCACCACCGGUCCAAGCCGCAGCUGCUGAUCGGCCUGCCCCAGGACUUCCGGCAGAUCUCCUCCGUCAUCGACGUGGACAUCCUGCCCGAGACGCACCGGCGCGUCCGGCUGCACAAGCACGGCUCCGACAAGCCGCUGGGCUUCUACAUCCGCGACGGCGUCAGCGUGCGCGUGGCCCCCCAGGGCGUCGAGAAGGUGCCCGGCAUCUUCAUCUCCCGCCUGGUGAAGGGCGGGCUGGCCGAGAGCACGGGGCUGCUGGCUGUCAGCGACGAGAUCCUGGAGGUGAACGGCAUCGACGUGGCCGGCAAGUCACUGGACCAGGUGACGGACAUGAUGGUGGCCAACAGCCACAACCUCAUCGUCACCGUCAAGCCGGCCAACCAGCGCAACAACGUCAUCCGCAGCAGCAAGGCCUCGGGCAGCUCGGGCAUCUCGACGGACAGCACGCCCAGCCCCGCCUCCCACUACCUGAGCCACUACAGCACGGCCGAGGGCGAGAGCGACGAGGAGGGCGACCUGGUCAUCGAGAGCGACAGCGCCGCCCGCUGCCCCAACGGCGGCCUCCUGGACAAGAGCUGUCAGCAGAGGCUGGCGCUGCCCGGCUCCCUGCACUCGCUGGGCAGUGCCAAUGGCAGCCGCGGGGGCAGCCUGCAGGAGGACGGCACGCUCCUCACCCUAUAGAGCGCCGCCCCACCCCCUCGCUGGCAGGGGGGCGGCGGGCAGUACGGAAGGCCCUGGCAGCCAGCCGGGUCCUGCCCCAGCCAGUCUCCUCCUCUCCGGCAGGGCCAGGACGCUGGGCGCCCCGUCCCCACCACAGGAAAGGUGGCAGCCGGGAGUGGAGACGUUAGCGCCAAGCCCUGCCCCUCCACCGGCUGUGGGGCUCCCCACCCUUGGGGGGAACCAAAUGACUAGACACUGCACCUCUCAGGCCUCACCCCCUGGGCCAGACCCACCCCUCCCUCACCCCUUUCCUUCCAAACAAGUGGGUUUUUUAAAUUGUUUUAUGAAAAUAUGCAUCAUAAAUUAAUAUAUUGCGAUGGGCCAUUAAACCUUUUUUAGGAA